UGAUGCUGUGGAGCGAGGCUGAGGAGAAGCAACAUCUGAGCUAAAUCACAGCCCACAUCUCUGCUGAAAGAUACCUGAAGUUGCCAGAGCACCAACCAUCAGGCAGAAUGUCGUACGGGUCCAUUGACGGAGGCUCUUUUGGGACUCGUAACCCGUUUGGGGGUCCUACAAGGCAGGGCUACCAGCCAGUAGCCACACAGGUCAGCCCCUCAGAACUGCAAGAUGUGUUUCAGGAGACCUCCUCCAAUAUCUUCCAGAUCAACGCCAACGUCGUCACAUUAGAGAAAAAUCUCCAAUCACUGGGAACGUCAAGAGACACAGCUGAGCUACGACAGAGCCUACACUCCAUGCAACAGCAAACCAACAAAGUCAUCACCAGCACAAGCCAGCUCAUCAAGCAGCUCUCUGAUAUAAUCAGCGGCUCUUCACGGCAAGACCGCCUGCGCCUGACCAGACUAAAGACUGAGCUCUCAGAGUCCGUGCAGCGCUAUGGGGAUCUGCAGAAGAAAAUUGCAGAGCGCUCAAGGGCCCUGCUCCCUCCAGCACAGAAAGACAAGAGGAAGAGUCCUCAGACCCCGUCCACAGAGCAGAUUGAGGAGGGUCCACUGUUUGGAGAGGCGCUGGGCUCAGAGGGAGGAGCUGAGGCUUUCUUGUCUGAGAUCAGUGAGGAGGAUGUGGAGGUGCUCCGCCAAAGAGAGGAGGCCCUGCUGCAGAUUGAAAGGGACAUGCUGGACGUCAGUCAGAUCAUGAAGGAUCUGGCCAGUAUGGUCCAUGAACAAGGAGACGCCAUUGACAGCAUCGAAGACUACAUCCAGACCACAUCGUCCAACGUGGAAUCAGCCAAUCAGGAGCUUGCAAAGGCCAACCAAUACCAGAGGCAGAUGAGGAAGAGGAAGUGUUACCUCCUGGUGGUCGGAGCCAUCGUCCUAACCAUCCUCAUCAUCAUCAUCGCUGUUUCAGCAAGAAAAUGAGACCGGCCACUGUGGUAGCUGCUGUCAUUACAGUGUCACCACCACGCUCCUGCCCAGUCUGAUCCCUGACCCGAGCAGCUGGUUUCCAGUAGGAGGGAGCCGCCCUGCAACAACAAAUCUACUCCAUCAUCCCCGCCUCUGUUUACACAUGCAGCGGUGAGGGGAUGGAGCUCCUUCCUCGCAUACAAAUUCGUUACGAGUUGGCCCCAGUCUGAGCCUCUCGUCUAAUCGUCAUUGUGCUUUUUUCUUUCCUUUUUUUUUUAAACCGUGGCAGUUAUCUGUGACUUGAAUAUUAUCACCAAAUCUGAAGCCACACGUGAAUUUCCAGACCGCAUCAGAGGCAGAUGCUGGGGUGUAAUUGUUAUCACACUUGUUAAGCUCCUAACUGUGGUGUUUUAUCAGAAAACCAAACGAAGGUGGAGCGGAGGAUUCGGGGGGGACGAGCUGGUCUUCACUGCUCUGCUGUAUGCUCAGAUUGUUUUCUGUAUUUUUACUGAGAUGAACUUCAUAUUUAUCUGCCUGUAGUGUAAUUUAAUCAGUAUUAUACUGUAGCGUUUGUUGAUAUUGUUACAUAUUGUUUGACUAUAUAUAUAUAUCUUAAAAAAUAAAAGUCUAA